UGAGUCUUGCUCUGUCCCCUGGGCUGUAGUGGAGUGGCUCCAUCUCGGCUCACCGCAGCCACUCCCAGCGCCCUCCACUCCUCCCUACUCCGCGCUGGCCGGGGCGGGGUUCCGCUGGUCGCAUCCAAUAGUAAGAACAGGCGGCGCGCGCCCUUCCCGGAAACUCCCGCCUGGCCACGGGACCUCCUGGGCUGCACCUGCAGCCCCUCGGGCCCCGCAUCCGGCCCGGCCACCGUAAUAAAAGCGCCGGCCCUCCGCUUCCCCGCGAGACGAAACUUCCCGUCCCGGCGGCUCUGGCACCCAGGGUCCGGCCUGCACCUUCCCGCCAGGCCUGGACACUGGUUCAACACCUGUGACUUCAUGUGUGCGCGCCGGCCACACCUGCAGUCACACCUGUAGCCCCCUCUGCCAAGAGAUCCACACCGAGGCAGCCUCGGUGGCUACAAGCCCUCAGUCCACACCUGUGGACACCUGUGACACCUGGCCACACGACCUGUGGCCGCGGCCUGGCGUCUGCUGCGACAGGAGCCCUUACCUCCCCUGUUGUAACACCUGACCGCCACCUAACUGCCCCUGCAGAAGGAGCAAUGGCCUUGGCUCCUGAGAGGGCAGCCCCACGCGUGCUGUUCGGAGAGUGGCUCCUUGGAGAGAUCAGCAGCGGCUGCUAUGAGGGGCUGCAGUGGCUGGACGAGGCCCGCACCUGUUUCCGCGUGCCCUGGAAACACUUCGCGCGCAAAGACCUGAGCGAGGCCGACGCGCGCAUCUUCAAGGCCUGGGCUGUGGCCCGCGGCAGGUGGCCGCCUAGCAGCAGGGGAGGUGACCCGCCCCCCGAGGCUGAGACUGCGGAGCGCGCCGGCUGGAAAACCAACUUCCGCUGCGCACUGCGCAGCACGCGUCGCUUCGUGAUGCUGCGAGAUAACUCGGGGGACCCGGCCGACCCGCACAAGGUGUACGCGCUCAGCCGGGAGCUGUGCUGGCGAGAAGGCCCAGGCACGGACCAGACUGAGGCAGAGGCCCCCGCAGCUGUCCCACCACCACAGGGUGGGCCCCCAGGGCCAUUCCUGGCACACACAGAUGCUGGACUCCAAGCCCCAGGCCCCCUCCCUGCCCCGGCUGGUGACAAGGGGGACCUCCUGCUCCAGGCAGUGCAACAGAGCUGCCUGGCGGACCAUCUGCUGACAGCGUCAUGGGGGGCAGAUCCAGUCCCAACCAAGGCUCCUGGAGAGGGACAAGAAGGGCUUCCCCUGACUGGGGCCUGUGCUGGAGGCCCAGGGCUCCCUGCUGGGGAGCUGUACGGGUGGGCAGUAGAGACGACCCCCAGCCCCGGGCCCCAGCCUGCGGCACUAACGACAGGCGAGGCCGCGGCCCCAGAGUCCCCGCACCAGGCAGAGCCGUACCUGUCACCCUCCCCAAGCGCCCGCACCGCGGUGCAAGAGCCCAGCCCAGGGGCGCUGGACGUGACCAUCAUGUACAAGGGCCGCACGGUGCUGCAGAAGGUGGUGGGACACCCUAGCUGCACGUUCCUAUACGGGCCCCCAGACCCAGCUGUCCGAGCCACAGACCCCCAGCAGGUAGCAUUCCCCAGCCCUGCCGAGCUCCCGGACCAGAAGCAGCUGCGCUACACGGAGGAACUGCUGCGGCAUGUGGCCCCUGGGUUGCACCUGGAGCUUCGGGGGCCACAGCUGUGGGCCCGGCGCAUGGGCAAGUGCAAGGUGUACUGGGAGGUGGGCGGCCCCCCAGGCUCCGCCAGCCCCUCCACCCCAGCCUGCCUGCUGCCUCGGAACUGUGACACCCCCAUCUUCGACUUCAGAGUCUUCUUCGGAGAGCUGGUGGAAUUCCGGGCACGGCAGCGCCGUGGCUCCCCACGCUAUACCAUCUACCUGGGCUUCGGGCAGGACCUGUCAGCUGGGAGGCCCAAGGAGAAGAGCCUGGUCCUGGUGAAGCUGGAACCCUGGCUGUGCCGAGUGCACCUAGAGGGCACGCAGCGUGAGGGUGUGUCUUCCCUGGAUAGCAGCAGCCUCAGCCUCUGCCUGUCCAGCACCAACAGCCUCUAUGACGACAUCGAGUGCUUCCUUAUGGAGCUGGAGCAGCCCGCCUAGAACCCAGUCUAAUGAGAACUCCAGAAAGCUGGAGCAGCCCACCUAGAGCUGGCCGCGGCCGCCCAGUCUAAUAAAAAGAACUCCAGAACA